AUGGCAGAUGUUCUGCCGCGUCUUCUUUCCUUUCCUCGACGGUCAGAUACUACCCAUGCCGUAUCUGAUGAGGAAUACGAUGAGCAGGCUCGCAAUUUUGUUGCUUAUCUGAAAGAAUGUCUGCCCAAUAAAACCGACGAAGUCUCUGGUGGUAUCCUGGAACAACUCGAUCCUUCUGUUCAUUCUCUUUCAUUCCUUCUAGUAUUUCACUUUCACGUUCUCGCCCUUAGGUCUAGAACAAACCAAGUCAUUCCCAAAGAUCUCUAUCCUGGAAACAAUCUUUGGUCAAAGGCUUUACUUUUCCUGAAGACAUUCGACCCGAUACAAGUGAGAUAUGCUGGCUAUGAGUGGCGCAAAGUUGUGGAGUCUGUCGCAAGAGCAGCCGAGGCAGUCGCUAAGAAGCCACUUCUAGCAAUUCGACCUAUCAGGGAUGCGAUGCUUCGUCUAGAUCCGUCAGGCUCAAGUUUUACCUCCAACCAUGUGCUUCUAAGCCGCCUAUGCCUUCGCGCAAGGGCAUAUGCGCUUGCAUUACCGGUGAUUGAUAAAGACAUAUGUGUCUUUCCGGCCAGCGCUGAUCAGGCAUAUUUACGACGAUCUCAGCCUGUGAUGUGCGCUCAGCAUGAGUCUAGCGCAACGUUCAUCACCAAUACAUCGGGCUUUUCUUCUAAACUAACCUACAGGGAUCAUCUGCAGUACUUUUUGUACAGCAGCAUGAUAUACAUGGGACUGAAGCAAUGGGAUAGAGCACUUCACUUCCUCAGCAUAGUCAUUUCUUCACCUUCGAUCAAUUCGGUCAGCGCUAUCAUGGUGGAAGCAUAUAAGAAAUGGGUCUUACCAAUUCCUAUCCCCACCAUUACCCCGCCGCAUGCAGUGAAGCUGUACAGAUCACUUGCUCGCCCUUACGAUGCUCUUGCGGAUGCUUUCAGAACUGGAAACUUCGACAAGUUAAAGGCAGAGGCCGAGAUAGGACAGUCAAUCUGGCAUAUGGCAAGUUCCUACCUUCUCCAAGCCUUUGAGAGCUUUAUUUUCACUUUCCUUUCGCUGUUAUAUGCAUCAAAUUCUACGAUGCUACGCUUUUCGUCACUCCUUCCGAGUUCUGAUGCCGUCUUGGAGAAGUCAAUUCGACAACGACUGCUCGUUGAGCAGCAGAAGUUAAGAGUCCUUGCAAAUAAUGUGCAAAGCAGUGAUAUGAGGUUGGAGCUAGGCAAAGAAUACGUCGAUUAUCUGCGUAAAAGCCAAAAGCGGAACGAUAGUACGUCCAAAGACGGGCUAGGUAAGGCGGGGGGAAGAGAUCUUGACUUUGAUGAGGAUAUGAUGAGUGAUCUACGAUAA